UGCGGAGCUACCUGACCGGAAAACAAGCGCGCCGAGCAGAGCGGAGCGGAGCGGAGGCAGGCAGAGAGAGAGGAAAGAUGGCAGCCGCGGCAGUGGCUGAGUUUCAGAGAGCACAGUCUCUUCUUGGAACAGACCGGAACGCCUCUAUCGAUAUCUUACACUCAAUAGUGAAGCGGGACAUCCAGGAGAGUGAUGAGGAGGCGGUGCGUGUUAAAGAGCAGAGCAUCCUGGAGCUGGGUGGGCUGCUGGCCAAGACCGGACAGGCUGCAGAGCUCGGAGGUCUGCUGAAGUAUGUACGGCCCUUCCUCAACUCCAUCUCCAAGGCCAAGGCAGCCCGGCUGGUCCGCUCCUUGCUGGACCUGUUCCUGGACAUGGAGGCCGCCACGGGUCAGGAGGUCGAGCUCUGUCUGGAGUGCAUAGAGUGGGCCAAGGCCGAGAAGAGGACCUUCCUCAGACAGGCACUAGAGGCUCGUCUCAUCUCACUGUAUUUUGACACAAAGUGCUACCAGGAAGCUCUACAACUCGGCUCGCAGUUGCUGCAGGAGCUAAAGAAGAUGGACGACAAGGCCCUGCUGGUGGAGGUUCAGCUGCUGGAGAGCAAGACGUACCACGCGCUCAGUAACCUGCCCAAGGCUCGCGCCGCCCUCACAUCUGCCAGGACGACCGCCAACGCCAUCUACUGCCCCCCUAAACUACAAGCAGCUUUAGACAUGCAGUCUGGGAUCAUUCACGCAGCGGAGGAGAAAGACUGGAAGACAGCGUACUCCUACUUCUACGAGGCCUUUGAGGGCUACGACUCCAUUGACAGCCCCCGAGCCAUCACAGCCCUCAAAUACAUGCUGCUCUGCAAAAUCAUGCUCAACUUGCCAGAGGAUGUUCAGGCUCUAAUAAGUGGCAAGCUAGCUCUGCGGUAUGCCGGCAGACAGACAGACUCACUGAAAUGUGUGGCACAAGCCAGCAAGAACCGGUCGCUGGCAGACUUUGAAAAGGCACUAACAGAGUACAAAGCUGAGCUGAGGGAUGACCCCAUCAUCAGCACCCACCUGACCAAACUGUAUGACAACCUGCUGGAGCAGAACCUCAUCAGGGUCAUCGAACCUUUCUCCAGGGUCCAGAUAGCACACAUUUCCUCCCUCAUCAAACUCCCCAAGGGAGACGUGGAGAGGAAAUUAUCACAGAUGAUUCUAGACAAGAAGUUUCAUGGUAUUUUGGACCAAGGCGAAGGCGUGCUGAUUGUGUUUGACGAGCCGGUGGUGGACAAGACUUAUGAGGCGGCCCUGGAGACCAUCCAGAACAUGAGCAAAGUGGUCGACUCGCUCUACAACAAAGCCAAGAAGCUAACAUAAGGGAGAGCCAAACCAUCGGUCCUCCUUGUUCCGGAGUGACGUGGGCCAGUCAAGACCUCCGUUGAUUUAUCACUUCAACCCAGGAGGGACGAGGGGAGGAGGAGGAGGAGGAGGAGGAGGAGAUUACAAACAUUUUAACAACCCAGCAAGCAAACAAACAGACAAACCAGCCGACCACCUGAAGACGACCUCGACAGAACCAACAAACUGAGCGGGUGGAGGGCACCGCUCCUCCUGGUCCCCCUUCAGCCCCACCUCCCCCACCACCACCACCACCCUGCGCUCUCCUCCCAUCCCUCUCUACCUUCCAACCUGACCGGGUUGAUCUGACACAGCGUGCUCCUCCCUAUGGACAAAUCCAGGCACUGUGCCCCCUCCUCUCUCCUCCACCACUGGUUUAUGUAAAAUUGGACAAGCCCCGCCCUGCCCCCCCCAUUACCCCCCCUGUUUCUCUCUGCACUGGCCAUCAGGGAAUCUUGUAAUAUACCAAUAAAAAUACAUAUACAGUACUUAUACAUACAUGUAUUAUAUAUAAAAAAAAAAAUGGUGGGUCUGUUCUCAGAGUGUAACGGUGGGGGGGGGUUAACGUGGGUUGGUUGGUCUGUCCCCCCCCCCCUCGCCGGACCCUAAAUCUGAAUGUUUGAAUCUGUCCAUUUUUCUGCGGUUUUGAAGAAUCACAUGACAUCACCUGACCCCGCCCCCUCCAGUCUCCUCACCUCCUCACUACGACCAUCACCUCCCCUCCUUCAUUCACAAGGCAUUCUGGGAUUUGUGGACCACACAGGGAACGCGCUGUCAUGUCCACUCGGGACCACGCCACAGAGGACCUCCAUCACCACAGUGAAGGAGGGGGUCUCUUAAAGUCCAACUUCCUCUGCCCUGCAGCUCCUACUUCCUGUUUGUAUAUAACAUUGCCAAGCGCCUCUGUUCAUCUAAGGCCCAACGUAUUCACUCUGUCCUCCCCCACCCCACCCUUUUUUUAUAACACGUAAGAACAGAAUCGACCUCACCGCCACUGAGAGCUUGGUCAGUCACACAAAGUGCUUUUGACGCUCCGACACGUGACUGGAGAGGGAACUCUGCGUUCUGAGACGCAACGAUUUGUCCGUGCAGAAAGAGAGGGCGCGUUUCGCUGAAGAAAAUCAAGCUGUACAUUUCUGGGAACUUCAUUUUGCAAGGACUCGAGGGUUUACCAUAUAUGACAUAGAGAAAGACAAACGCUAAUAAAAAAAUGAAACCUG